AUGGGCUCGGGAGGCAAAGAAACCGUGAAUGACGACAUGAUCAGGUUUUUCUUAGAUCUUCACAACGAAGAACAGGAUUGCAUGUUGGAGAAAUACCUUGUUCAAGAUGAACCGGUGAUUUUCUACCCCUCAAUUCAGCCGCUAGACUUGAAUCCGCGGGUUGCGUAUGGAAUACUAUUGUUGCAGCGACUUGCAUUGUGUCAAAGUGAGCGCAAGCUUGAUCUCAUGCGUCGCGCUAGAGAGAUGUUUUACAGCAGGAAUGAAUUUCUUCUAUGGUGGCACGGCCUUGGGGAUUUUCUUAGCUGUGUCCCCACUGGGACAAUUGAGGGCUGUACAGUGGACCUCACCGUGCGCAACGUUACUGUCCGGUAUGACAUGAGCGAAGACCAAAAGGAGUGGCGCGGCAAAGAUUUGGUUACUGAGCUGGAAAAACUGUUUUGCCUUACCAAUGCAAAUAGUUUAAGGAUUGAGAUCAUUGGCGGAGGGACACCUAAUGGAAGCGACAUAAGGACGCAGCUGCUUCUCAAAGAUAUCUGUUCGAUCGUCAAAAGGCUUAUAGCCCAUUUCGGUACCCGUUUUGAAAUCCAGAAAGGGUCUGGAGAAUUGGCUCUUCUCCCCAGCCUUGAUGUCUAUCCCUUAACGCCAUACUGGAAAAAGCCCGAAAGCCCAGCCCGGGAGAAGUGGCACAAAGGUGUAGCCGAAUUCACAGAGAACAUGCAGGUGCAGGUAGAAUCUUGGCUUUCUGAAAGUAUCGUUCGCGAAGGCAGCAACGAGCCCAAAGAUUGGGGUAUGGUGGGGCGCUGGGAAACGCAGGACUCUUUGCGUGCUUUGUUCGCAGAUACUGGGGACUGGUUUUUAAGUGAGGGCCUCUUAUUGCAGGAUGAUAUUCUCCCACCGGAGUGUAUCCUUCCGCAGGAGAGCCUGCUGUGGGAAGCCCUUCUUUGA